CAACUCUAUGGCCAAACUACGUUUUCAAGUGUUGCCGAUAUAAUUCAAAGACAAAAUCGGAGUUUUAGUCAUAGACAACAAGUUUUUUAUUUUUAAAUUCUAUUUUGCGGGCAAAAUGUCGCUGUUCUUGAUUGUCAAGCUAUUUUCUCAUCGUAAUGUUCCGUUCUGUCGCAUAGUAUGUAUGAAACGCCGUGGUUUGGCGUGUGCGUUCUAUUUUAUUUUAGACAAGACUUGACGGCUGUUUAAAAAAACUUCAUGGCUCUUUGUUCGAUUUUGUUAUACCAUUGCUUAGGUUUUUCGUAAACAACACGAACAAAACAACGUGAAAAUUCAAUGAAGUGGGCGGAAAAUCGUUAUUGUAUCCUGUGAUAAAGCUAGGUCUUUCCUCGAGACUGCCUCAACGUUGAUCUUCAUCCCGGUUCUCAAUGGAAGAAAAGAUGGAGAGUGAACACAGUUACAGUGGGGAGAGCAGUAGCUCUUCAGAGUCAUCCAGCGGUAGUUCGGAGGGAGAUGACGAAGUGAUGGAGCCGGUGCGCAUCCUGGGACACUCACUGGAGCUCCCACAAGAGCUUUGUGAAGACUACUCUGUGUUCAAAGAGUUUUUUUCUAUGAAAACUUGGGAGGCUUUAGAAGAUAAACACAAAGAAGAACUAAGUAAAUACUUACCCAAAUUUACUGAAAAUGAAGAGGAAGAGAAGGAGAAAACUAUUAAAAUGCUUUUUAACCAUGAACCCUUCCAUUUUACCUCACCAUUAGAUGAUUUUUAUAACAAUUUAAGGCAAGGUAACUAUAGACCGGACAUAGCUAAAAUGAGGAAGUUUCUAAUGAAAGCUAGAGCAAAACAGCAAAAGCACAAGAUAAAAUCAUAUUAUGCAAAAUUAUUGCCAGAAGUUCUUAUAUCUCGUGAACGAAUAUUGGCAGCAGCCAAAGCAGCCCCACCAGGGCCCAUACCACGUCUUCCUCUGUUGCCGCCCAAACCAUCAGCUAAGAAUAAUUUUAAGCCAUUAUAUUUAAGAGCAAAACAGAGAUAUUUUGAAGAGUUGGCUGCUGUUCGAAGUGAAGUUGGAGGAGAAGAAUCUGAUGAUGAGAACUAUCCUGAAGGUCCACCUGAACAAUCUUUAAAGAAACGGAAACAACUUCACUCUGGACAAAAUGCGGAUGGCAAUGUAUCUGGUACACUAGGAGGUUCAGAUCAGUCUAACUUGACCUCCUUGGAGUGCCUGAAGAAUGUACUGGCAGCACACAGGACAAGAAGACAGUAUAGAGAGAAUCAUCCUGAACUAAAUACAACCGGUAUUACAAUUGAUGACAUAAAGCAAAGAGUUGCUCUUGUAAAUGGUGCAAAAAAACUUAUGUUUGGAGGCCAAAAAACUGGAUCACCUGGCUUGCAAAAGUUAAGAAGAGGGUCAAAGAAAGAUAAUGUCAGUAAGAGCAAAGGACAAGAUAAGGUCAUUAAGAGAGGCAAGGAAGAGACAUAUGAAAGUGUAGAAAAUAAACCAUUGUUGCCAAAUAUUAAGAUAAAAUGUGAACAAGAAGAGUCUGAUUCUGAAAGUUCCUCAUUUGUGGACCCGGUCACAAGUCCAAAAUCAUCCAAAAAGGUUGAUCACAUAGAUAUUAAGCAAGAAGUUAUAGAUAAAUAUCCAAGUAAUAUGUCUAAUGUAAAUUACAAUGAUCCUAAGUUAGAGAGUAUUAUAAAACAAGAGCCUCCGGAUACAAUGUUACCGAUGCAGAACUCAGGAAGGGUGCAUCAAGCAGUUCCUAUUAAAUUAGAGGAUUUGGAUGGAAUUG